CGCACUUCCGAUUUCUUCUCCGGCACGCAGCGAUCUUUCCUCCACACCUUUCUCUUCCCUUACCUCCCCUUCUUAUAAUCCGCCUAAUUGCGGCACCGGCUGCUUCUCCAGCUAUCAGAGCUUCAUGGCGGCCUCCGAGCAAGUUCCCGGGGAAGAAUUCGAUUAUGAAGCCCUCCCUUCGAAUUAUGGCCUCGGCCGGAACAUGCUAGCUGGCGCGUUCGCCGGUAUUGCGGAACACGCUGUGAUGUACCCGGUAGAUCUGUUGAAGACUCGCAUGCAAAUCCUGCACCCUACAACCGGAGGCCUCUACACGGGGUUGACGAAUGCGGUUUCCACGAUUUACCGUAUCGAAGGCUGGCGCACGCUAUGGAAGGGUGUUUCGAGUGUGAUUGUUGGCGCUGGUCCUGCCCACGCCGUUUAUUUUGGCACAUACGAGGUUGUUAAGGAUCUUGCGGGUGGAAAUGUCGACGAUGGGCAUCACCCGAUGGCUGCAGCUCUAAGUGGUGCCUCCGCGACCAUCGCCAGCGAUGCAUUGAUGAACCCUUUUGAUGUGAUCAAGCAGCGGAUGCAAGUACAUGGCUCCGUACACAAGACCAUUCUCCAAUGCGCUAAGACCGUCUACCGGACGGAGGGGCUCCAGGCGUUCUAUGUGUCUUAUCCCACCACCCUUUGCAUGACCGUUCCUUUCACCGCCACCCAAUUUGUUGCAUACGAGUCUCUUUCGAAGGUCAUGAACCCCUCUCAGGAUUACGACCCGUUCACCCACUGUAUUGCCGGUGGUCUGGCGGGAGCGUUCGCCGCCGGUCUCACCACGCCUCUCGACGUGGUGAAGACCCUUCUCCAAACUCGAGGUCUGGCACAGAACGAGGAGAUCCGGUCAGCCAAGGGUCUCUUCAACGCGGCUGCCAUCAUCAAGCGGCAGUUUGGCUGGAGUGGGUUCCUACGUGGCGCCCGCCCCCGCAUUAUUUCCACGAUGCCCAGCACGGCCAUUUGCUGGACUUCCUACGAAAUGGCCAAGGCCUACUUCAAGGGUCGGGUGGACUAGCUGAACCGCUGCUUCCCACCAACUUGACUCGAUCGCAUGAAUCUGACUCGCGACAUCUCCAGCACGCCUCUUCAGGUUUAGCCGAAGCUCUGCGUCGACAAAUCAAAAAUCGAAAAAAAAAAAUAACACAAGUAAAAAAAAAUCGAACACAAGG